CCCGGACUCAAGCCUCACCAUUGUCAUAUCUAUCAUAUGAUCCAAAGUCGCAUUGAUGAGUAUGGAAUGCUUUCUAACCUGAUUUCCAUGACAUGUCUGGCCAUCGACGGGAUUUCAUAACACGUCACUUGGCUCAAACCUUGCAUCAGGAGUGUUUUGAAACCAUCGCUCUUUGACCACCAACCUUCCAGAUCUGGACCACCACGCGACAGAGAUCUGUAUCUGAGUGAGUCGCAUCAAGGAUGUACGAAGUCAAAAAUCCAACGUCAUCUGUCCUGAUAGGUCUGUUUCUCCCCGGUUCCCGAACCAUGUGCGCAACUUGAGCCUCAACCUGCUACAUUACGCUGUGGCGCGAGACAACUCGCAAACCCUCCGCGAGAUGUCUCCGAAAUAUUCAUUUUCCUCCCCAUCAACACAUCUGCAUACCUCUGUUGGCCGGCCCAUAACAAGUAUUUGGACUAAUAAUUCGUUUUCUUUGUACCCCGGACGCUGGAUUUCCGUCUUGUCUCUUUUAGUCUUCAGGAGUUUGGUUUGGGUGCUCAAAAGUUCAAUGAUUUGUCUCUGGAGAUAGGACUUCGGCCACUUGUCAUCUGGAGUUCAAUGGAUCGGAAUCAUGCCGGCGGUCUCUCAGCAUAAAAAUAAUGUCUCUUUUGCUCAACGAACCUGAAGAUGCGUCAGAUUCGAAUCCGUAUGUUCACAAGGCUGGUCCAGCAAUACUACUCCCGGGUGAGGCGAUCGGCAAUAUCGUCACCAGAGCCAACAAUCUCAUUUCAGACCAUCGAGAAUGGCUGGCGAAUCUGCCGCUGCAGAACGUGGAGGCAAAGCGACAGCUCUUUACCGUUCCCCAGGUUGAUGCAACACCGAUAUCUUCACUCAAUGGCCAGAUAGCAGGACCAUCGCCACUCCCUUCGCCUGAAGCAAUUGGCAUCUUCCCGCCGGCCAAUUCCCUACUUACGACGAUCUCUAUUACGACAAUCCCCAAUGGCGGGGUUUUCACAGCAACCCAGGUUAUACCACCACCAGUUACGGCAUCGCUACCCGCCGGGUCUGCUGCGGCUUCAGCAUCUAUCGCUUCUCUACAGGCAGCACUCAAUUCAGCCAACAAUGCGUUGGCGAGCGCAAGACUAUCUGCGUCCCUCGCCCUGGCGACAGCCGCCGCAUCGCUCCAAGCCGCCGUCAGUAACGCAUCCAUCCAGUCUCAGGCUGCUCUCGUGGCAACCCAAAAUGCUGCUUCCGCAAUCGCUUCGGCACAAGCGAGUGCUAAUCAGGCUGUGGCUGCUGCUCAGUCAAGUGCUGAUGGCCGUGUCUUGCUUGCGAAUAAUGCUCUCCAGGCCGUUCAAACGAGUGCGAGUGCUGCAGUCGCAGGUGCAAAUGCGUUGGCUAGUGGUGCGCAGUCAACGGCCACUAAUGCGAUCGCACAAGCGCAAGCGACUAUUUCUGCAGUCGCCUCACAAGCAAGUGCCGCGAUUGCCGCGUCCAGAAUAUCUGCCAUGAACAGAACGACGUUCAUCUUGGCGAUAACAUUCGCAAUCCUCGGCUCCUCGCUUAUCACAAUCCUCCUCUUCUACCUCAUCGUACGAUACCGAAGCAAACGACGCCUCCAACGACAAGACGAGCUGAAAUCCAAGAUCCGCCGAAAACGACACGAAAGCGAGGAGAGCGAUGGACCUAGUCUGUCCGAGUUUCCUCUUCCCAUGAACCGGACACAAUGGAGUAGGGUAAAUAGUGAAGAGCGGCGAAGUGGUCGAAAUCGCUCAACAGGGAGAGGAGAUACUGGGUAUUGGCCUCGUGGGAACGCACGAGUUAGUGCCACGGAUAGGGAGAGAUUAGCAUACAUGCGCGGCGCGGGCGAUAUGGCAGAGAUCGAUUAUCCCCCUCCACUAGUUACACGAAAGACAUGGACGGUAGGACCAGCACCUCGAGAACGCGAACGCGCCGCAAAACGCGAACGGGUAAACGAACCCUUUAUGACCAGCAGCGGAAGCAGCGACGUCAGCCUAAGCCGCCAAACCUGGUCUCCAUCCAAAGACGAUCUCUUGCAAUCUCAAUCCGCAACACUCGUCACCACGCCCGGUCUCCCCACAGGAAUGAGCGCGCCGCUAUCUCGCGACGGGCCGAGCAGUGAGAGGCCGGUGGGGAAUAUGGUGAGGAAGAAUACAUUGACAUAUGACCCCGAUCAUCCUGAUCGGCCGCCGAAGUUCACGACGUGGUUGGAAGAGAGCUUUAGGAGUAUCAGUCCGUUCCCGACGAUGGGGGCGGUACAGACGGCGAGGCCGGAAAUGAGUAGGGCGGUUUUGGGGAGGCAGAGUGUUAGGGUGGGGACGGGGAGGCCGUUUGGGGAGAGGGGGGAUAGUGAUGGGAGUGCGAUUAUUGGGGCGGCUAUGUAGUGGGGGUGAUGAUGGGUAUGAGUGUAUGAUAAGAUGAGGAAAUGAGGAAAUGAGUGGGCGAAUCACGAAGAGGAUCAUGGGUAUGAGUGUAUGAUGCUGAGUUUAUGACUGGAAGGGAUGGAUGUGUUCAAUCGGGAAGUAUGCCAUGAGCAUGUUGUAUAUACUUGUAAUAAAUUCUGAUGUGUAUUGCUAUCUAUGAUCACUUAGCCAUUAGCAUUAAUACAGACUGUAUGAUCAAGG